AUGUCGCUUCUGGAAGUUCUGGUGACGCUCGCCAUCGUGUGCAUGGCGGCAUGGAUUGUCGUCAACGAGAUGAAAAAAGUGAACUACGACGUCGACUCCUUCAACGAGGAAAAGAAAGAAGUGACAGAGAGAGCAGAGAAGCUGAAGAAGGUUGAGGAAAGCCUGGAGAAGGAAAAGAAGGAGUUCGGAAACCAAAAGGCAGAGUUUGAGGAGACAGUGAAAAUGUUUUUGAAGAAGCAAAAGGAGGUGAAGGAAAAGGAAGACAAAGUCACAGAAAGAGAAGAGAAGGUAGAGAAGGACCUAGAGACCCUCCAAGGACAAGCCAAAGCCUUAAGCGAGAAGGAGACAGCCCUUGAAGAAGCUGAGGAGAAGGUCAAAGAAAGAGAAGCAGAGGUCGAGAAGAAGAACAGAGAGGCAGAGAGGAAAGAGAGAAAAGCCCAGGAAAGAACCACCGGCUACGACGAGGAGAGAGAAGACUACGCCAAGAAGUACGUGGACGAAGCAAAGAAGGACUUGGAGAGAGAGCUUAAAGUGCUAAAGCAAGAAGAGAAAGUAAGGAACCAGAAGCUCGCCGACCUCCAGUACGACUACAAGAGCCUCAAGGACGACUACCAGUACUUCAAAGGUUACUCAAAGGAAGUGGACGCACUUCUACUUGCAGCUAAGGUAACAAACAUUUCGCUUAGGAGUGUGUUGCCCUGUAAUCCUGUAGAUGAGCUAUUUACCACAUGA